AUGGAUGAUUCUGAUGACCUCCCUCCAUUGCUGGUACCCGUCGAAGAAGGCACUAAUUUACCUGACGUAUCUGAGACAAGUACUGUACAAACAGAAAAUAAUGAUAAAGUUCCCGUAACAAUCAUUACCGGACAUUUGGGAAGCGGCAAAACGACUCUAAUCACUCGCCUUUUAAAUGAUGAAACCCACAAGAAGCGAAUUGCGGUUAUACUGAACGAGUUUGGCGAAAACGCGGGUGUGAAAGCGGUUGAGAAUCUGAUGAAGAAGAAGGGACGAUUUGAUUAUAUUAUGUUGGAGACCACCGGUCUUGCAGAUCCCGGGCCGAUUGCAUCAAUGUUCUGGUUGGAUGACGAGCUGCAGAGUGAGAUAUAUCUUGAUGGAAUAUUGACUGUGGUGGAUGCUAAAUACGGCUUGGAGCAAUUGGCUGAGCGGAAAUCGAACGAUAUGGUAAACGAGGCAAUAAGGCAGGUCGCCUUUGCCGAUCGCAUCAUACUGAAUAAAAUCGAUCUCGUGACGGACGAACAUAUCAAAGACUUGGAAACUGCGAUAAGAUCUGUGAACGCUGUAGCGCCAAUAUAUAGAACAACCAGAUCGGAGGUGCCGAUAGAGUUCAUGCUGGAUCUGCACUGCUUUGACGACCGGUCGAAAGACCCGUUCGCUGAUACCAAUGCCGGUAGACCUCCAUCUGCGACACAUAUAGACGAGGAUGUCCGAACAGUGGCCUUUACUGUUCCUGGACAAGUCGACCUCCACAAACUGGAUGCAUGGUUACAGAGUGUUUUGUGGGAGCGAACUGUUCCAGGACGGCGGAAAGACACAGCAGGCGGAAUGGAGAUACUACGAUUCAAAGCACUAAUCAAUGCGACAGGGAACGACCGCAAAUGCGUCGUUCAAGCCGUUCGAGAGCUCUACGAUAAACAAGAAGGCGCCUUCUGGGAGAAAGAUGAAGAACGAAUAAACAAAGUGGUCCUGAUCGGCAAAAACCUAGAUGAGAGUUUCCCCCAGUCAUUCCGCGAACAAUGCCUUGCUACCUAUUAA